ACUAGAGAAGUGGAUGUAGAAGAACCCAAGCUUGCCUAACUUCUUAUCAUUCAUUAUUAAAAAAAAAAAAAAAAAUUCUUAUCAUUGACCUUAAAAGAUGGCAGGCGAACCGGAGAAGAACAUCCUCAAAACCCCAGCCCUUCUAGAGUACAUCUUUCAAACAAACUCUUAUCGAAGAGAACAUGAGCAAUUGAAAGAGCUGAGAGAAGCGACUGUCAAGAACUAUAAUCAAAGCAGCGUGAUGGGUGUGCCAGUGGAUGAAGGACAGCUUUUGUCAAUGUUAUUGAAAGUGAUGAAUGCAAAGAGGACUAUUGAAGUUGGAGUCUUUACUGGCUAUUCUCUUCUUACUACUGCUCUUGCUCUGCCUGCUGAUGGACAUAUAGUAGCCAUUGAUACAAAUAGAGAAGCCUUUGAUUUUGGAUUGGAGUUUAUUAAAAAGGCAGGGGUUGAUAACAAAAUUAACUUCAUUAACUCUGAUGCUUACUCUGUUCUUAAUGAUCUCAUUAACAACGAAAAGGAAAUAGGUACGUUUGAUUUUGCAUUUGUGGAUGCUAUGAAGGUGGAUUUCAAGAAAUAUCAUGAGCAACUUCUAAAGUUGGUUAAAAUUGGUGGAGUAAUAGCAUAUGACAACACCUUAUGGUCUGGAACAGUGGCACAAACAUUGGAGGAAUUGCACCAAAAUCUUAAUGAUCAUCCCAGUCGUGAUAUGCUAAUCAAAGCAAGAAAUGAUACACAAGAUUUCAAUACCUUCAUAGCCAAUGAUCCUCGAAUUGAAUCGUCUCUUGUUUCUAUUGGGGAUGGAGUUACUCUCUGUAGACGUGUCUAUUAAUAGUACUAAAUCGUUUUUUAAUGUGUAUUCUGAAAAUAAAAUUCCAACAAAAAAGAUUUAUAUGAUACACAUUUAGUAAGUAUUAGGACAAAAUUGAUGCAAAAUAAAAUUUGGGGACCUAAAUAAUAUUUUUCAUAAAGAUUCAGAAUAUGUGCUGAAAUAAACCCGAUCUUAAAUAACUCAAGUAUAAAGUAUUAGUAUGCUUGUUUUGUGUU